AAAAUUCCUCAAGAUGAUUAUAGUACAGUAGUACAACCACAGGUGGGAGUAGUAAUCAGUAAUGAAGAUCUUGCUAGUGAUAUAUUGAGGAAUAGCUACAGUGCUCUCUCUCAGUCAAUUACUGAACCAGUUCGUGUGGCAAGGUUGCUUCAUGAAGAGGUUAUAUCUGAUGAGGCUCUGUCUUGUGUCAUAUCUACCAGAGGUUCUGUCUCUGACAGUAGAGCAGUUCUCCUCAAAGCUGUACGAGAUGCUGUUCACUCCAAUUACAAACACCUGGAGUUGUUUGUUACUGUAUUGAGGAAGUUCUCAGAGACUGCUCAUAUUGGAGAUACUAUCUUUGAAGAAUACAGUUCAUCAUUUGAUAGACAUAAAAUACUUUUCCCUCGUGAUAUGAAGGAUAAGUUUGAAGACAUGAGAUUGAAAUUUGGCUCUGCAUUUAUGCAAGUCAAACGUAUUUUUACAAAAAGGAAAUUGAGUAUUGAAGAUAUGAAGGAGCUUAUUAUUAUCUGGUAUCCUGAUCUGGAGCCUCAGCUUUCUUACAAGAAAACUAUUGGUGAAGUAUUAAAUGUAUUGAAGAGGAAGUGCAAUAUCAUUAACUUGCGUCCCCUUGAAGCUUUAGCUUCUGAGUUCAACAUAGAAGAAGCUAAACCAGUCAUUAAGUCUUACAAAGAGGAAGCUAAGAAUUUCUGUAAGUCAAUAUCAGUGAGUCUUUGCCUUGGUGAGGAGCUACAAGCAGUUGCUACUCCAUCUCGUCUUUUAUGUGAAACUGUUUCCUUUAUCUUCAACUGGAAUCCUGAUGAAUAUACACUGCAGGAUAUCAAUGAUGUUUUGGAUGAAUUGGAGCCACUUAAUAAAUUUAAGUACCACUUGCAGAUUGAUAAAGUUGGUACUGGUCGAUCAGUUGUAUUGGCCUGUUACUGUCCUGCUGAAUACACUGGCUCACUGAUAAUGGCUGUCCUUGGUAAAAUAGAGAUACUGCAAAAGAGAGGAUUGAAGGACUUUAUACUCGGCAACUGUACUAUAUGGAAUACUACUCAGAUACCAAGUGAGAAUACAGAGGGGACAGACAAGUUGUUGGUACAGAUUAAUGAUUUGGAAGCUGCUUUAAGAGACAGAGAUGAAAUGUUGAUAACUACUAAAACAGAGUUAGCAACAGUCAAGGAAGAAUUAGGAAACAUUAUAAAAGAAUUAGAAGCAUUAAAAAUGAAUCUUAAAAAGAGUCAAAGCAUUAAUGUUCUAAAGGAAGAAGUGAUUAAUGAACUGAAGGAGGAAAGGGCAUCAUUAAAAGAAAAACUUUUAGAGAAAGAAAAUAUGUUGAAACAAUAUUCAAAAGAAACAGAAUUGAAAGAAACAGAAGAUUUCGAAAAAGAAGCUUCAUUGAAGGAACAGUCAGAGACUAGACUACAAGAAAUAGAACUAGUCAAGCUGAAACUUGAAGACAGUGACACACAAGUGGAUGAAAAAGUGAAGUGGAGUCCGGAUGGUUUGCGAGUACAUCUCACUAAUCCAUCAGUAGAUCAAUGUAAGGAAGUAAUCAGUAAACUGGAGAACAAACAUGAAAUCGUUAAAAUCAGCUGCUCAUCAUCAGAUAGUAUCCAGUUCAUAUUACGAACUGUAUUUGAGACAAAAAAUAUAACACAAUUUUACUUAAUCUCCUCAUCCUUAACACCUGAUAUUAUCCUCUCAUUCCCUUCUCAACUAUGGACCAACAACUCAUUGAAAAUUUUAAGCCUAACUCGCAAUUCAAUAAGUGAUGAUGGAGUCAUUGCACUAGCACAAUCACUGAAGUGUAAUGAAACACUUAAAUACUUGCAUUUCAGUAAGAAUCCUGGCAUCACUUCAGCUAGUGCAGAGUCACUCGCUGAACUUUUAUGCACUAACAACACCCUCAGUAGCCUUUAUCUUACUCGUAGUACUAGCAUUGAUACUGAUGGAGUAGUGGUACUGAUGGAAUCACUCAAGACCAAUGAUACACUAGAGGAACUCUGGCUAGACAAAAAACAUAAAAAAACUUGCACUACUUUACCUUAUUACGGGCAUAUCAAAGACACAUUACAUUUUUUGUAGACAGAUAAUUUUUAACUUUUAAUAUUAA